AUGUCCGACUCUGGCGCUCCGGCUGCCGAAGCACCCCGCAAGAGCAGGUGGGACAACCCCGGAGACGCUGCUCCCGAGGCGCCCGAUGCUAGCAGCAGUGGUGCUCCCCCCAUCUCAGCAGCCGAGGCCACCGAUGCCGCAGCCAAGGCUGCUGCCAUUGCGGCCAAGAUUGCCGCUUCCCUCCGCCCUGCUGGAUCGUCUGGCCAGGAGCUCGUUCGUCGUGCCGGCGCGGCCGAGGGCGACUUUGUCAAGGACAUUGAGAUCAACGACCUGCGUAACCGCUACGUCCUUACCAAGUCGGGAAGCCAGAAGCAGAUCCAGGACGAGACUGGCGCAUCGAUCGAGACCAGGGGUGUGUGGGUGCCCGACCGCACGCGCAUGCCUCCCGGUGAGAUGCCGCUGUACCUGCACAUUGUCGCCAAGUCGCAGAUUAUCCUCGACGCCGCCGUCGCCGAGGUCAACAAGCUCAUCGACCAGGAGCUCGGCCCUCUGAUUGAGGAGCGUACCCUCAUUGCCCGUGCCCGUGCUACUGGCGCACCUCUCCCUCCCACUGUCGCGCCCCCUACCGUCAGGCCAAAGUGGCCCGAGGAGAAGCUCUUCAUCAACAUCGAGUCGAUGCGCAACUUUAACGUGCGCGCCAAGGUUGUUGGCCCAGGCGGUAUGUUUGUCAAGUUUAUCCAGGCGGAGACGGGUGCGCGUGUGCAGAUCAAGGGACGGGGAUCGGGAUUCCUGGAGAACGACACUGGACGCGAGUCGGACGAGCCCAUGCACAUUAGCGUCGUGGCACCAACAGACGACCAGAUUCAGCGCGCAAAAAUGCUCGCCGACGACCUCCUCAUGGUCCUGCGUAUCGAGUACGACAAGGCCCGUAGCAGCGGUAACCAGGGCGGCGGCGGUGUGUACCAGGGCCAGGGCAACUAUGGUGGUGGCCAGCAGGCGCAGGCCGGUGGCGACCCCUACGCUGGUGGCUACCAGCAGCAGGGUGGUGCUGCCGACGCAUCGCAGGCCCAGGCUGCUGCUGCCACUGGUGCCCAGCCUGGCGAGGGCUCGUCGGCCGAGGCCUGGGAGCAGUACCGAGCCUACUGGGCGGCUUACGGCUACGACAUCAACGACCCGCAGUUCCAGGCUUGGCAGGCGUCGCAGAUGCAGGCCCAGGGCGGCGCGCAGGCAUGA